AUGGACUCUCUCUCCCUCCUCUGGACCGCUGCAAUCCUCGCCGCCGGCCUCUACUGGUUCUUCUGCGUUCUGGGUCCCGCCGAGCAGAAGGGGAAAAGCGCCACCGCCAUAUCCGGCGGCUCCAUCUCGGCGGAGAAAGUCCAAGACAAGUAUAAGCAAUACUGGUCCUUCUUCCUGCGCCCCAAGGAGAUCGAAACCGCCGAGAAAGUCCCAGACUUCGUCGACACAUUCUACAACCUUGUAACCGACAUCUACGAAUGGGGCUGGGGCCAAUCCUUCCACUUCUCUCCCUCCAUUCCGGGGAAGUCCCACCGCGAGGCCACGCGCAUCCACGAGGAGAUGGCAGCGGAUCUCAUCGAGGCCCGCCCCGGCCAGCGGAUCCUCGACGUGGGUUGCGGCGUGGGAGGGCCCAUGCGGGCCAUCGCGGCCCACUCCGGAGCGAACGUGGUGGGCAUCACCAUCAACGAGUACCAGGUCCAGCGGGCCAGGCUCCACAACAAGAAGGCCCGGGUGGAGUCCCUCUGCGAGGUGGUGUGCGGCAACUUCCUCCACAUGCCCUUCCCGGACGACAGCUUCGACGGCGCGUACUCCAUCGAGGCGACCUGCCACGCGCCGAAGCUGGACGAAGUGUACGCGCAAGUGUUCCGCGUUCUGAAGCCCGGGGCGCUCUACGUCUCGUACGAGUGGGUCACCACCGACAAAUUCAGAGGGGAGGAGGCGGGACACGUGGAGACGAUUGAGGGGAUCGAGAGAGGGGACGCGUUGCCUGGGCUGAGGAGCUACGCCGACAUCGCCGAGACCGCGCGUAGGGUUGGUUUUCAGGUCCUGAAGGAGCUCGAUCUCGCUCUCCCACCCUCUCACCCUUGGUGGACCCGCUUGAAGAUGGGUCGGAUCGGCUAUUGGCGGAACCACCUUCUCAUUUCCGUACUCUCCGCCUUGGGAAUUGCGCCCAAAGGUACCCUCCAUGUUCAUCACAUGCUCUUCCAAACCGCUGACCAUUUGACCCGGGGCGGUCACACCGGCAUUUUCUCCCCCAUGCACAUGAUUCUCUGCCGGAAACCCAUCUCUACUUGA